AUGCUGAACACCAAGAAGCCUAAUGACGUCAUAAUCCCGAUCGCGGGUCCAAACACAACAUACACACAUCAGAUUGCUGCAAAUGGCAAGGGACUGUACUCUAUACUAUAUUCCAACUGCAAUUAUGGUUCCAAAGCUUCGUUUCAAAUCCACUACGUGCUUAUGAACAAAGACGGCAUUUUCAUUUCUGAAGGAGAAGUGCCUCUUCCGCUUGUUUAUGCUGGUGCAAGCUUGUUGUUCUUGUUCGCUUUUGUGUAUUGGGUUUAUAUGCUGAGGACCAGCAGUUCUCCAAUCCAUAAGAUUCAGUAUCUAAUGGGUCUUUUAUGUUUUUUCAAAGCUGCAUCUGUGGGAUUUGAAGCCUUUCGGUAUCAAUCACUCAAAUCGUUUGGAGAUGGAUAUGCCUGGGCAACACUUUUUCACAUCCUUACGUUUGUGAAGGGUACCAUGCUGUUUGCUGUCAUUCUCCUGAUUGGCACUGGCUGGUCUAUCAUGAAGCCCUUUCUGGCUGAUAGAGAAAAAAGGAUUAUCUUGAUUGUUCUGCCUAUGCAGGUUUUGGUUAACGUUGCAAUGGUGGUCGUUGAUGAAACGCCUCCGGGUACUGCUGGUUGGAUGACUUGGAGAGAUAUUCUUCAUUUUUUUGAUGCAGUGGUCUGCUGUUGUGCUAUCUUAUUUCCCAUAGUAUGGUCCAUCAAACACUUGAGAGAUGCUGCCGAAGCUGAUGGGAAGGCUAAGAGGAUACUGGCAAAAUUAAAGAUGUUCCGUGAAUUCUACGUUCUAGUGGUUUGCUACAUUUAUUUCUCACGAAUCAUUAUUUACCUGGUCAAGGCAACUCUCCCUUGUGAGCUAUCGUGGGUGGCCAGCGCUAUCUCGGAGACAGCUUCUCUUAUAUUCUACAUGCUCGUCGGAUACAAAUUUAGACCGGAUUUUGACAAUCCUUAUUUGAUGGUACAAGCUGCGGUUUGGACUGGAAAUGCGAAAUCAUGA